AUGGUGAACGAGAGGCAUAAUGGCAACCUGCUUGUGCACCUGGGACCCAAACUGCAGGCCUACCCAGGGGAGCUGCUGCGGCAGCGGCGAGGCCACGACGGCCAGCCUGAGUACCUGAUCCAGUGGAGUAUCGUCAGCUUGGAAGAGAAAGCAGCGGGAGGCAACAGUGCCUCCUCUGCAGAGACCAAGCCGGAGAACAUCUCGAUGUGGAUGUCUGCAGAGGAGGUCUGUGCCAGCUGUCCGGCGCUGCUGGGCAAGAGGAAGCUGGAAGGGCAGUGGGUGAAAGAGGAGAAGGCAGCCAGCCCGUUCGCUGCAGAUGUGCCGCUGGAUGAAGCCUCGCUGCUGGAGAUGAAGGCCGAUGUCAGGAGCCUGGUGCAGCGAGCUGGCCGGCAGAUGGCCGAGACGGGGGCCCCUGAGUCCUCCAUCCUCAACACCAUCCACGUGCUGAGCGCCUACGCCAGCAUUGGCUCGCUGGUGGGUGCCUUCAAGGAGACGGGAGCCCUCGACUUGCUGAUGAAGAUGCUGUGCCACAAGGAGAAGCAAAUCCGCCGCAGUGCCGGCAAGAUGCUGAGGGCCCUGGCUUCGCACGAUGCAGGGAGCCGGGCCUAUGUCCUGCUGUCCCUCAGCCAGCAGGAUGGCAUUGAGCAGCACGUAGACUUUGACGGUCGCUACACCUUGCUGGAGCUGUUUGCUGAGAUGAUGUCUUCUGAAGAGCAGUGCAUGUCCUUUGAGGGGAUUCACCUUCCCCAGAUCCCCGGGAAGCUACUGUUCGUCCUGGUGAAGCGCUACCUGUGUGUCACUUCUCUCAUGGACAAGCUCAGCAGCGGCGUGGAGCAGGGAGGGGAGCAGCAGGACUGCCCUGUGCCCGGCCCAUUCACUGAGGAGAGGAGCCGUGUGAAGCAGGAGUUUGAGUUCAGCAUGGCUAUGGCAAACCUCAUCUUGGAGCUGGUGCACGUGAUGGGCUGGGACCACAGCCACAAGCCAGAGCUGCUGCCGCAACAGGAGCUGCGGCCUCGCACCACCCACUCCAUCUUCCAGCCCAAGACCCCAGCCUGCACUGCUGCCCAAAUGCCUGUGCUCCCUUCAAAUCACAGACCCCGCAAAAAGCAGAGUCGUACCUUCCUGACCCCAUCAGACUUUGCAGACCGCAGUGGCUAUGUGGAGUACUUACAGGCAAACCUGGUGCGUGGCAUGAGAGUGCGCUUGCUGGAGGACUGUGGUGACGUUAGAGCUGGGGAGGAAGGCGAGUUUCUUCAGAGCACUAAUAGCAUGCACACAGCGCAGGUUUUAUGGCAGUCAACAGGUCGGACCUACUGGAUGCGUUGGCACAUGUUGGAGAUUAUUGGCUUUGGAGACCAGUGGGAAGAUCCUGCUGCUCAGGAAAAAGAAUAUAGUCUGAUAGAGCGCGUUAAUCGAGACACAGUUGCGCAGCCGUUUUUCUGCAAGCCCUUUCGGGGGCUGUACUCCCUGCCUUACCUGGGGGAGCAGCCAACCAAGGCUGCAGAGACCUUGAGCCGUGCCGAGUGGUGGGAGCUGCUGUUCUUCGUGAAGAAGCUGGAAGCGCAGGAGCAGGAAGAGAUCACCUGCCUCAUCCAGCAGGACCUGGGAGAGCAGAUGGAUGAAGAAGCCCUGAUCCAGCUGUCAGUACCUGCGGAGCUGGCCCAGAAGGUGCUGCAGGUCUUGGAGAAGCGGUGCCAGGGCAGUGCUCAGCGUGACCUGUGUGGAUCCCACAUCUACGCCAAGUACUUCCUCGUGUUGGGCAGCUCCGAGGCUGUGAGCGAGAGGGGCUCGCUGGCCAAGAUUGCAGCCGUGGUGGACGUGAUCCAGAGCAGAAGCUCUGAGGUGGGACUGCGCUUAGCCGGCCUCAAGCACAUCGUGAAGAUCCUGGAAGAGGAGCCUGAGGUCGAGCAGCAAGUCGGCAAAGCCCAGGGCGGGCUGAGGACCAGGACUGUCGGGGAGAAGCUGGUGAACGUGGCAGUGGAGCUGCUGAGCACUGAGGUGGCAGAGAAGGCCCUGGUGGUGGUGACGCUGCGGCUGCUGGCCGUGUUCAUGGCGAAGUACGACUGGCGCGUGCCGUUUGCCACGGAGGGCGGUGUGCGGGCUGUGCUGGCCUGCAUGCAGCAGCACGCCUCCUCCGCCCUGGUGCAGCAGGCCGGCCUGGCGGGGAGUGCCCUGAAGGUGCUGGUGGGAGCUGUGUCAGGCGAGCCAGGAGGUGCCGGUGGGAAGCCCUUGCCCCUGAACCGUGCCGACGCACAGAUGAUGCGGGAGAUCUUUGCCAGCAUCGGCUCUGCCUCCAGCGGGGGCUCGGCCAGCCUGCUGAGUGCCAUCCCUGCUGCCAUGAGCACCAUGCAGAAGGUCCCAGGGGGCUCCUCAGGUGUGCAGAACGGCUUGCUGGUGGUGAACAUGCUGAUGGAGAGCCACCGGGGCCUGGCGGAGCAGCUGGUGAGCUGCGAUCUCCCCACGGUGCUGCAGAGCUGCUGGUGGGGUGGGCAGAGCACGGGCUGCCCUCACGCGAUGCUGGCCCUCAGCGUGAUCAACCGCCUCGCGGAGCACCAGCUACCCCUGGGCCUGGAGACGGCAGGCAGAGAGGCCCCAGUGGAGCUGAGGGACGUGCGGAGGCUCCUGGGCGGCCUGGGGGACGGCAUCUUGUCCAAGGACGUGGUGGUGGCCCUGGAGCGGCAGGGGGGGCUGCUGCUGCGCAGCUUUGAGCUGCUGGGGGCAGAGAAGGCCAUGAGCCUGAGCAUCCUCAGGAUCCUGAACAAGUUCCUGGACGGUUACCAGGAGGAUGUGCUGCCCUGGCACGAGUGUGUGGAGCCCUGUUUGUCCUCCCUGAGUGCCCACAGCAGCGACCGGGAGGUNNNGCAGGAGGUGGUUGGCUUCCUGCACCGCCUGGCCACCGCCAGCAAGGACUGCGCGGUGGUGAUGUGCCGCGUGGGCACCCGCGAGGCUCUGUCCAAAGCCCUGGACAAGCACAGCACGGCUCCGUCGCUGGCGCCAGCCCUGCUCGACCUGGUGAUCGACUGUGAGAAGUACGCCAGCCUCUACAAGAAGCUGACGACCAGCAUCUUGGCUGGCUGCAUCCAGCUGGUCCUGGGGCAGAUUGAGGAGCACCGCCGGAGCCACCAGCCCAUCAGCAUCCCCUUCUUUGACGUCUUUCUGCGCAACCUGUGCCGAGGCUCCAGCGUGGAGGUGAAGGAGGACAAGUGCUGGGAGAAGGUGCAGGUCUCCUCCAACCCUCACCGUGCCAGCAAGCUCACGGACAGGAACCCCAAGACCUACUGGGAGUCGAACGGCAGCACCGGCUCCCACUUCAUCACUGUGCACAUGCAGUGUGGUGUGGUGGUCAGGGAGAUGAGCAUGCUGGUGGCCAGCGAGGACUCCAGCUACAUGCCGGCCCGUGUCGUGGUGCUGGGGGGAGACAGCCCUGCCACCAUCAGAACUGAGCUCAACGCGGUGACCGUGCUGCCCUCGGACAGCAGAGUGAUCCUGCUGGAGAACAUGACCCGCUUCUGGCCCGUUAUCCAGAUCCGGGUGAAGCGGUGCCAGCAGGGUGGCAUUGACACACGUGUGCGUGGCAUCGAGGUGCUUGGUCCCAAGCCCACUUUCUGGCCCAUCUUCAAGGAGCAGCUGUGCCGGCGGACGUUCCUCUCCUGCACUGCUCGGGCUCAUGCCUGGUGCCAGGAGAUCUGCCGGGACCGGGAGCGACUGCUGCAGCUCUUUGGCAGGCUGAACCGGGCGCUGCGGCACGAGCAGGGCUUCGCUGACCGCUUCCUUCCUGACGACGAGGCGGCCCGGGCCUUGGGCAGGACAUGCUGGGAGGCCCUGGUGAACCCCUUGGUGCAGAGCAUCACCAGCCCAGACCCCCAUGGCGUCAGCCCGCUGGCCUGGCUGCUGAGCGAGUACCUGGAGAGCGUGGAGCCUCCCCACCAUCCCACGAGCCGCGGUGCUGUCUUUGGUUCCCGUGUGCGGCGCCUGACCCAGCUCCUGGUGCACGUGGACCCCGGUGGCCCAGAGCCAGAGGAGGCAAGAGCAGGUGGUGGGAAGGAGGAGAAGAACAAGGAGGUCCCAGCCAGAGCUGCAAAAGUGGUGGUGGAGAAGUCAAGCGGCCUGUGGGGCAUCUCGCAGUGCUGGCGUGGUGUGGUGCAGCAGCAGGUGCAGCGGUUCCUGGAGGUGGCAGGGCAGGCGCCGGACCUUGUGGAGCGAUACUGCGGGCUGUACCAUCACCUGCGCGGCGCCACGGAGGAGCUCUUUGGGCAGCAGGCGGCCUUUGUGGUGGCCCUGGGCCAGGGCUUCGCGGGGGCUUUGCUGCAGCUCUCCUUCCUUACCGCCCUGCACGUGAGCGAGCAGUUUGCCCGCUACCUUGAUGGGCAGAUCCAGGAGCUCCACGGGGCUGUGGGCAGCACAGGGCCGCUGCAGCGGCUGCAGCAGAUCUUGGAGCCCUUCGUCGUCUUCAGUGGCCUGGAGCUCGCCCACACCUUCGAGCACUUCUACCGGCUCUACCUGGGGGACCGGCUCCUGGCACAAGGGCCGUCUUGGCUGGAAGGAGCCAUCGUGGAGCAGAUCGGGCUGUGCUUCCCCAGCCGCUUCCCCCAAGAGAUGCUGAGCAACUUGGCCGAGUCGGAGGAGCUCCAGCAGCAGUUUCACCUCUUCCAGCUGCAGGAGCAGGACAAGCGGCUACUGGAGCUGGACACCGGCCUGGACGAGGUGAGUGUGCUGGCACUGGGGACGGCCUCGGUGGCGGAUGUGCCGGAGGUGAAGGUGCUGGCCCUGUCCCCGCGCUGCUGGCCCGUUUCCCCGUUCUGCUACAUGGACGAACCUGGGAGGUUUUUCUCGGCGGCGCUGAGCUCCCCCCUGGAUGAGUUUGCCGACUUCUGCAGGCGGAGCCGGAGCCAGCUGGGCUGGGAGUGCGCGAAGCCGCGGCGGUUGCAGUGGACAUGGCUGGGCCAUGCCGAACUGCGGUUUGGAGACUGCGUCCUCCAGGUGUCCACGCUGCAGAUGUACAUCCUGCUGUGCUUCAACAGCGCCGAGGAGGUGGCUGUGGAGGCCCUGCUGCAGGCGACAGGGCUCCCUGCUGACCUGGUGGAGCACGCACUGGCACCGCUGACCCACGGCGAGGGCAUCCUGGUCCAGCCCCAGGUUGCCUUCCAGACUGUAGAGAUCAAGACAGCACCAAGCCGGGCCUCUGCCGAAAGGAGACAGACUUUUUCCACCUUCAGGUAG